AUGGAAGAAAUCGAGAGGCUGCGAGAGCAGCCACGGGAAGAUCCACGAAUUCGUGAAGCUGCUGAAGGUCGCGCCCUCGAGGAACAACGCCGAAGCGAAGAAGCCAAAGAAAUCGAGAGGCUCCGGGAGCAGCUACGGGAAGUGCAACGCCUGCGCAAAAAAGAGGAACGGCUUCGUGAAGCUGCUGAAGUUCGCGCCAUCGAGGGACGACGCCAACGAGAAGAAGACCAACGAAUAUAUGAAGAAGAGCGACAACGACGUCAAGAAGUCGAAGAAUGUAUAGCUGCAUCGCGCCUAUCGACACCACAACAAUACCUCGAAGCAUGCCAUUCACUUGGCCUUGCUCUCAAAAUAAUAACCGACCGUCCCUUGACGGAACUAGAGCCAGAGGACACGACGAAUCCGGCCGGCCGAAUUUGUCCUCGACGAAUCAUCCCGUGGACCACAUUCGCAAGGGAACAAGAAAAAGUCUGGGAUAAGCUUUCUUUCAGUCCCUCCUUUUCUUCCCAAGCCACCUUUCCAUCCCGACAUCAGCUAGACUAUGUCAAAUCCCUGCUUUCCCCGGUCAGCUGCGAGAUGGGACUUCGAAUUAGCCAGCGAGACGUUGUGGAAAAUGCAGCCCAGAUUCUAGUAGACGCGACGUAUAACGAUUCGUCACUGAGAAGCUACCUCAGCCUCGGCGGAACGGUGGCUUUUGAUGUACACACAAACCUCGAGGUUACCGAUGACUCCCUCUCCGAAUCGAUAGAGCAAGCGUCAGCCCAACGUCGACGAAAGGCACGAGGGAAGGGCAACCGAGAAGCAGGCCAGUUCUGCGUAUACCAGCGCUCUAGCGGACAAACUAUUCCUGCCGUUGCGAUCAAGUACAAGGCGCCCCAUGAGUUGAGACGCGGCGAGAUCGUCACUGGGCUUGCCUCAGAGAUUCAACCGGAUCGUGAUAUGAUUAACCAAGAGGGCGAGGGAUACGAAUUCGCAUCGAGACGGCUUACCACUGCCGUCGUAACUGAGCUCUUCUCCUACAUGAUAGGAAAAGGCACCCAGUACGGGUAUGUUUGCACGGGGGAGGUCUAUGUUUUCCUCUAUAUUCCAGAUGACCCCUCCUGUGUCUAUUACUCCAUCUGUGUGCCAAGCCUAGAUGUUCAAGGUGAUGACGAGACGAGGCUCUAUCGCACUGCCGUUGCGCAGGUCUUUGCCUUUCUGCUUCAGGCCAUCCAAUCGCCACCACCGUGUCAAGCCUGGCAUGACGCUGCCGAAUGCCUCGAUACAUGGGCCAUAGAGUACGACGACGUCUUGCGCAGUACCCCGGAAACAGAUCGCAGGCCGCGGCACGAUACUCCCUAUCAGGCGCAACGGUGGAAAGGGUUUACACGCUCUGCAAUGUCGAGCGAGGUACAGGGGCAGGAUGGAAACGCAGCUUCACAAGAGCGCACCAGCAUGCGACCAAACAUCCGGGAUCGACUAUACUGCACGCAAGGGUGUCUUCGCGGGCUCGCAAUCAGUGGCCCAAUGGACGAAAACUGCCCUAACUUUGCGGAUCAUGGCAAUAUGCACAUUACUCCGGGAGAGUUUCUUCGUCUGGCGCGGGACCAACUAGCAGUUGACCGUGGAAAAGAUGCUGAUUGCGUGCCUCUCUACCUAUCUGGAUCACGGGGGUCCCUCUUUAAAUUCCGCCUCUCAUCGCAUGGCUAUACACUCGUGGCGAAAGGAGUAGAGAUCAUGGAUACCAAACAUCUACGCCACGAAAACAAGAUGUAUAUUCAUCUUCGGGAUAUCCAGGGGGAGUUUAUUCCGGUCUGCCUCGGUGUCAUUGGCCUCGUCAAGCCCUAUUACUUCAAUAGUGGCGUAUACAAAGACUUUAUGUUCCUGAGUUACGGCGGACAACCGGUCUUGAAAGAAUUCAAGGAAGUCAGCAUAGAUAUGGCCAACGAGAUUCUUACCGCGCUCGGCCGACUACAUCAGCAUGGAGUCCUCCACUGCGAUGCAGAGCCACGCAACGUGCUCUACGAUGAAUACACGGGCAGAUGUGUGAUGGUGGACUUGAUGUUGGCCAAGUUCCAUGCCCGACAACCACUCGGAACCAUCAAGGUCAACAACAGUCGAAAUCAGAAGAGGAAGUCGGGGUCUGGAAAGCAGGAAAAGGACGUUUUCGCUAUUGAGGCGCAGUCCCUGCGGGCGAGUCUGAGACGGCGUCGGGGUCCUGCGUAG